CAUCGCCCGCAGCCGGCGCCCGCAGCACUCACGCGCUCCAGCAGGCACGCGGGCGCUCGGGGAGCGGGGAGGAACCAGGAAACGAAACCGGGAGAGUUUCUCGGCACCGAGGUCGCUCAGAGGUUCCCGUAGUUCGCCUGGCGGCGGCCUCAACACACGGACGACCACAGAACUUUCUAAAUCAUGGAAAAACAAAAUGGGCAAAUGAGGGCUCCUUAUCCAGGAAUAAAUUUACCACCUGGACAUCCCCCUGAAUAUCCUUCAGCAGCAUUCCAAGGACCUCCAGAGCACACUGGCUACCCUACCCCCCAGCCUGGCUACCCUGGCCCCCAGCCUGGCUACCCUGGCCCCCAACCUGGCUACCCUGGCCCCCAACCUGGCUAUCCUGGCCCCCAGCCUGGCUACUCAAUUCCACCAGCUGGUUAUUCAGGUGCUGGCCCAGUAGGCUUUCCUGUCCAACACCAGCCAGUGUACAGUCAGCCAGGUGGACCUGCAGGGAUACCAUGGAUGCCAGCACCACCACCUCCAAUAGAUUGUCCACCUGGAUUGGAAUAUUUAAGUCAGAUAGAUCAGAUACUGGUUCAUCAGCAAGUUGAGCUUCUGGAAGUCUUAACAGGUUUUGAAACUAAUAACAAAUAUGAAAUUAAGAACAGCUUUGGACAGAGGAUUUACUUUGCAGCAGAGGAUACGGAUUUCUGUACCCGAAAUUGCUGUGGGGCUUCUAGGCCAUUUACCAUGAGAAUUCUUGAUAAUAUGGGCCGAGAAGUUAUAACUCUGGAGAGACCACUAAAGUGUGACAGCUGUUGUUUCCCUUGCUGCCUUCAGGAGAUAGCAAUCUAUGCUCCUCCCGGUGUACCUAUAGGUUAUGUUAUUCAGAACUGGCAUCCGUGCCUGCCCAGGUUUACAAUUCAAAAUGAGAGGAGAGAGGAUGUACUAAAAAUUACUGGUCCAUGUGUUGUAUGCAGCUGUUGUGCAGAUGUUGAUUUUGAGAUUAAAUCUCUUGAUGAAGAAAAUGUGGUUGGCAAGAUUUCCAAGCAGUGGACUGGUCUCGUGAGAGAGGCAUUUACAGAUGCUGAUAACUUUGGUAUCCAGUUCCCUUUAGACCUUGAUGUGAAAAUGAAAGCUGUGAUGCUCGGUGCAUGUUUCCUUAUUGAUUUCAUGUUUUUUGAAAGGAGUGGAAACAACGAAUAAAAAGGAGCAUGGUAAUGUGAAUUAAUGAAAAUCUCCUCAGAAAGUUUGAAGUCUGUGAAUUGAUUGGGACUAUGUAAAAGAAAAGCUGUUUUUUUUUUCUUUCUUGAAAUAACUAAUGGCAUACAUGAAUUAUACUGUGAUACCUGAAGUUCCUGUUAUAUAUGACUUUUGGAAUUAUGGGUUUAUUUUCUAUAUCACUUACUUAUAAGUGUUUUUAUGCAUUUUCUUUUAUUUCAUACAUGUUCUUUUUCUUUGUGUAUUUUGGAGAAAGGACAUGUGAAUUUUUACA